AUGGAGAGUGUAGCCAUCCCUAUCAAUGAUUUGGAGGUAGUCAUAACUAAUCCCUUAGCCAUUGAUCUGAACCAAGUGGAGAGCAAAGGAAAAAACAAAGUUGGGCAUCAGUCCGAAGGCUCAUCCAAGAAGCAUCUAGGUUCCAAUGUUAAGAAGGAGAGCACUCUAAACUUGAGUUCAUUGCUUCUACAUCACACUCGCAUGGAGCAAGUGGUGAGGAAGAAGGUCCGGCCAUUCCAAGGGCAAGCAAGCA